AUGCGUGGUCUCCGACUCUGGGAGUUUCUUAGUGGUGAGCUACCUUGUCCAGCAUUGCCUGAUCGUCCAGUGCAGCCGGUGAUUCCUCCAGAAAAUUCUGAAGAGGAACAAAAGAAGUUGCGUGAAGCUUAUGAUGAUGAUAUGGCCUCUUACAUGUCUCAUUUUCGGGCUUAUCGAACUUGGUUGGAUGAAGAUGCUCGUGCUGGGGCUGUUCUUGUUGCUAGUAUGGAAAAGCAUCUAGCAGGAGAGGUUAUUCGGCUUGAUCAUGCUGCUCAGAUGUGGGCUGUUCUUCGUCAGCGCUAUGAGCCCUCUGGUCAGUCCACUUAUAUUGCCGCCCUCGUCAAGAACAAUCAUUGCAAAGAGGUGGUGAUUGAUUGA